AUAACAGCAAAACAAUGUUGAUGUAUUUAACAAAACAGAAAUUUAAUCAGUUAAUUUAAAACAGUUUUUCUCAAAAUUAUUUGUAAAAUUAUUUGGUUUUAGUUUAAUUAGAUGUCUUUUUCUUAAAUUAAAAAUGGCAUAAAUUUUUUUACCUUAAAAUAGUAUCUUCAAAAUAUGGCGUGAUUAAAACUAAAUGAUCAAUGGGUGGUGUUUUAGGCCUCUUAGGAUGUACCUCGUUGACUAGUUGUUUACCAUCUAUUGGAGGUUGUGUAGCAACUCAGCUUGCUUGCUGUUGUGGUUCAGCAGCAUGCAGUUUAUGCUGCAAAGCUUGUCCAUCUUGUAAAAACUCAACUGCAUCAAGAAUCGGUUAUGUCUUUAUGCUUCUUAUUGGGUUUGUUAUGUCAUGUGUUAUGCUAUCACCAGGAAUCCGUCAAAAAUUGAACAAGGUUCCACAUUUAUGUUCUCAGAUUGGAGAGGAAAGUUGUGAUAAAUUGGUUGGUUAUAUGGCUGUUUACAGAGUUUGUUUUGCAAUGACUGCAUUCUUUUUUUUAAUGUCCAUUAUAAUGUUCAAAGUACGAAGUAGCAGAGACCCUAGAGGAAGCAUACAAAACGGAUUUUGGGCAAUUAAAUUCAUUGUUUUUAUUGGUUUGCUUGUUGGUGCCUUUUAUAUUCCCAAGGGAAAUUUCUCAAAAGUAUGGAUGUAUUUUGGACUGGUUGGUGGUAUAUUGUUUAUACUGAUACAACUUGUUCUUUUGAUUGAUUUUGCCCACAGGUGGUCUGAAAAGUGGAUAACAAAUUAUGAGGAAAGUGAAAACAAGAUUUGGUUCAUUGGUCUUGCUCUGAGUACUGGUAUUUUAUACAUCAUUGCCAUCGCAAUUAUUAUUUACUGUUAUAUAUCUUAUGCUCACUCUGGUUGUUCAUUGAAUAAGUUUUUUAUCAGCUUCACUUUGUUUUUGUCAGUUAUUGUUUCAUUUAUGUCAGUUCAUCCAACCAUUCAAGAGGCUCAAUCUACUUCUGGAUUGUUGCAGGCAGCAUGCAUAAGUGCAUACACUGCAUAUCUAACUUGGUCUGGUUUGUCUAAUGAGCCUGAUGCAAUUUGUAACCCAGGUAGUUCUAUAAACUUUGUUCAAAAUUUUGGUGGUCAAACUGCAUUUGCAGCAGUUGUGUUGUUUUGCACUGUGGUUUACUCGUGUUUGCGUACAAGCAAUGGAAAUAACUUGUCUGCUAAAUCUGAUGAUGCUAUGGGUGAUAUUUUAAUUGCAAGUGGUGAUGAAAAUGAGGAAAGCGAAAAGAUAGGUCAGAAUGUUUAUGACAAUGAAAAAGUUCAAGUAGCCUAUAAUUAUUCGUAUUUCCAUUUUACGUUUAUGCUCGCAUCUUUAUAUAUUAUGAUGAUGCUUACAAACUGGUAUAGCCCUGAAAAUUCUGACUCCAAAACAUUAAUCAGCAGCUGGUCUACUGUUUGGAUUAAAGUUGUAUCUUGCUGGGCAUGUUUUGCUAUUUUUAUGUGGACGCUUUUAGCACCAGUUUUAUGGCCUGAUAGAAAUUUUAAAUAAACAAGUAUUUUUGUGUUACUUGUUUUGUAUUUAUGUAAAUUUUUUUCUUAUUUAUAUUAUAAUUUGUAAAGUUCUGAAUACUUAUAAUUUCUUUAACAUUGUUAAAUUGAUAAACACCUUGUUAAUAAAGUUAUAUAUUAUAUAUAUAUAUAAUUGCAAUA